AUGGAUUGCCACAAUGAAAAAUUAAAUAGGCCUCGACGGUCAAAGGAGAAAGAUAACAACAGUUUGAACUUUUUGUAUGAAAAAUCACUACCAUCACUACCCACGGAGGAAAAGAACAAGGAACGCCGAAAAUUAAAACCACAAAGGUCUUUUGACAGUCAAUCCAGUCAAUCCAGUCAACGCCAUGUAACCCCUAAACGCUCAACGGAAAGCUUAAACCGAUACCAAAACGUUGCGCAACAACCAGCACCAAAUUCAAGCCGUCGAAAAUCGCGUACUCUUGACACGCAAGCUGUUUCAGAUUCGCUUAGAAAGUUUUCCGAUUCAGAUGCCGAGAGGAAGCGAUCCGAUUCCCUGUCUUCAUCGUCCUCGUCCUCAUAUUUACAAGCGCCAUCGUUGCAAGUACAACCUCUAAACAAAUCGGCCUCGUCAUUAAGUUUAAAUCGUACCGGCACACCUUCCCCGACGCCGUUGUCGAGAAAUUCAUUAUUUGUGCAACCGAGCUCGUUUCUAAGAGAUCGAGACGUGAAUAAAAGGACUGGACUGUCGUUGAGGAGAAACGCGUCUGCAGAGGUGCUUUCGAUUGACGUGAACGCUAGUGAAAGAAUCGAUAAAAGAGAUGGAAGGAAAAAGAGGACGAAGGAAAAGGAGAGAGAAAGGGAGAGAGGAAGGGAGAGAGGAAGGGACGAGGAACGGGAGAGAGAGAGGGAAAGGGAGAAAAGGAGAGAAAGAGAGAGGGAAAAGGAAAAGGAGAUUAGGGAAAGGGAGAUGAGAGAAAGGGAAAUCAGAGAAAGAGAGAGGGAGAUUAGGGAAAGGGAAAUUAGAGAAAGGGAGAUUAGAGAAAAGGAGAUUAGGGAGAGGGAAAUUAGGGAAAGGGAGCUUAGAGAAAGGGAAAUCAGAGAAAGGGAGAGGAGGGAGAAGGAAAGAGCGCUGGAAUUGGAGAGAGAGAAGGCAAGAGCGCUGGAAUUGGAGAGAGAGAAGGCAAGAGCGCUGGAAUUGGAGAGGGAGAAGGCAAGAGCGUUGGAAUUGGAGAGGGAGAGAGAACGAGAGCGAGAAAAAGAGAGAGAACAGGAGAAAGUUGUUGACGCGGAAAACUUUCGCGCUAGAAAUGAUUCCAUUACAACCAUACAAAGUGACACUCGUUCAGUGCGUUCAUUUUCAAUAAGUAGUUAUCGUAGUGACGUUACUGAAUCCACAUCGGAUAAGUUGGUUUUAUCACCAACAGUACGCUCUUCUUCACUCCCUUCCCAAUCUGCAUCAUCUCCGGCCCCUCAUUCUCAAAGCACUUCACCGAAACCUCCGCAAACUCUUACUAAUAGUAACGAAGAGCAACAAACGACUUCCCCAUCACCGACAUAUUCAUAUCCAAGGUCUCCGACACCACCGAGUCCGCAGUCUGGUAGCCUUACCACUCCGCAAUCGCCGUCUUCUGAAGCCCAUACUUUCAAAAAUGGCAAAACUGCUACUGAUAUUAACGGUAAAAAUGAGAUAAAAGAUACAGACGAUGCAGAUGACGUGAAUGAUGCGGAUGAUGCGGAUGGUGCGGAUGAUGCGAGCGAAACUAGUGAUGCUACCCAGGAAUCUGAAGAACAGGUGACUUUUAGUCCAAGACCUAACAUAGAUCUUCCCGUUCUUCCUCCGUUGAGUUUCUCUCUGGAAGACGAUUUGAUCAAUAUUAUCGAAAAUACCAGAUUUUCACGCCAAAACAGUAUGAGAAAGAGUAAAACAUUUGCCGCAGACGACGCAGAUUUAUUGUCGGGCUUGGAAGGAAAAAGCGUGGACCUUUUGGGUCUUGGUGAAGAGGCGGAAGCGGAAAAUGUUCUGAGCAGAGAGCAUGAAAGAAAAGAUAUACCCAGAGUCACUAUCGAAUGCGAAGAAGAGUCGGUGACAGCUUUAAAAGCCGAAUUGAUUGAGACCAAGAAAAAACUCGUUGAUGUUGAGAAUAAGUAUCACCGAAUAAAGCGGAUUAGCCAAGAAGCUCUCACUAUAACCCAUAAUUCUUAUACUGAAGAACGUGUUUAUCGACAUGAAGCCGAGAUGAUCAUUGAAGAAUUACAGGCGAAACUGGCAGCACGGAAUAAAAAGAUUGCAGAGCUAAAACAAGAGAAUGAUGCCAAGGAUAGAAUGAUAAAAGACUCUCAAGCGUUGAAACUAGAAUUGGAAGAGAUGCGGAACACUUUGAAAGAUUUGAAUAUGCAAAAGGAAUUGUUGCUUAAAGAAAUCGAAGGAUUGACUAAAGAGAAAGAGGAUGGUUCGACAAACAAUCCGUCUUCUCUUGUUCGACACAUUUCUACCCAUCUUGAUGAAGUGAAACAAGCAUAUAUGUCUGAUAUCCGAUCCCUGCAGAAUGACAGCGAAUCUCUACGUAAAGAAACCGAAAAUCUUCGCAUCUUGCGUGACCAAUGCAUCGAAGAAGCGCGAGCCCUCAAUGAGAAAAAUUUAGAACUUGCCGACUUGAACAAUGAGUUGAUGCAACAGAUUGAAGCACACCAGAAGACCUCCAAGGGUGGAUUCGGUUUCUUCAGAACAAAGCCAUCUGUGCCAGACAAGGAUAUGUAUAUAAGCGAGCAUGCGAGGACAUCAUCUGUUGCCACUCUCGACUCGACAAUUAGUAAUGAUGGGAGUAAUAGCACUUAUAAAGACAGUACACAAGUUAUGGUAGUACAACGUGGUAUUGCGCAUAAAAAUAGCAUCAACCGCGGCGAGACGCCCAAAAAGUUCAAGUGGAAGAAGGGGGGCGUUCUCAAUAAACUCCUCUAUUCCAGUAAUGAUGAGAACAAACGAGUGUCGCCUAAUAUAUCGCCCACGUCGACUCUUACAGGCAAUGAGGAAGUAGGGAAACGAGGAGAGAAGGAAAGGGAAAGAGAAAGGGAGAGAGUCUCUUCAGAAAGCGAACGUAGAAGGCUUCCAGGCGAUUCCGGGCAAGCAAAAGCUCAUACUUGGCAGCAAACUACUUUCUAUCGGUUGGUUAAAUGUGAACAUUGCUCAGAGAAAAUCUGGGGAAUCAACGUGGAUGUGCGGUGUUCCGCGUGUGGGGUUGGUUGUCAUCAAAAAUGCGCUAGUUCUUGCACAUCUGCCUGUACCGGAAGUCCGGGAGCGUAUGCGGACGAGGCCGAAAGCAUUGCCAGUAUUACCGCUACAAUAUUUGGCAUCGAGUUGCACAAACAACUCGAGUCGGAAGGAAGGGAUAUUCCAUUACUUGUAGAAAAGUGUAUAAAGGCUGUUGAAGCAAGAGGUAUGGAUUUCGAAGGCAUAUACCGUAAAUCAGGUGGAAUGUCGCAAAUGAAGGCUAUUAUAACGGCAUUUGAACAAGGAGAAGACAUCGAUCUUAACAGUCCGACUGAAUUCAAUGACAUUGGUGCUGUCACCAGUGUACUCAGGCAAUUUUUCAGAGAAUUACCUGAUCCAUUAUUCACGACAGGGCUAUAUAAUAAAUUCCUUGAGGCAUCUGCUUCAAAAACAACAGAAGAUAAACUCGAUCGUUUCCGGCAGGCAAUAGCCAAGCUUCCCAAAGGCCAUUAUUCAACAGCCAGGUAUCUCAUGAAUCAUCUUUACAGAGUGAGACAAGCAGGCUCGGAAAACUUAAUGUCGGCCAAGAGCUUGUCAGUGGUAUUUGGUCCAACAAUACUCAAAGGUCCCGAUCCCAAUGCGGAGAUGAUAGAUAUGAAAUUGAGGAAUUCAGCUGUAGAGUUUAUGAUCGAGAAUGCACCCGAGUUAUGGAUAAAAGAUAUUGUUGUCAGAAAGGACGGGUUUCUAUGA